AUGGGUGGCCAGCAGUCUGCUGCGAAGGAUGCGGCUGGCCAACCGCCAGGAGGAGAUGCCACGAGUUCCAGCCACGGGAAGGGCCGCGCGGCUAACAACCAGGUGCAGCUCGCAGUCUCUCCGCUUGGAGGAGUCCCUGGGGCAACAGCAUAUCACUCCUCUGUAGUUGUGAACGGUGAUGAAUACUUUUUCAGCGACGGUGGCAUUUCAUUCGGAAGUGGACUGCUCUCGCACAAGAACCCCCAGAAUCCAGACUCGAAGCCCGAGGUGUUCGACAUGGGGAUGUCCCCAUACACGGGCACACAGAUGAAAGCAGCAUUGGAACGCUUCUUCCAUUCUGGUACGUAUGACCUGCUUCGCAAGAAUUGCAAUUCGUUUUCGGACUGUGCUCUUUUCUACCUUCUCCACAGACGCCUGGACAAGAAGUACCGGGCAAUGGAGAAGCUAGGUGCUUUCCAUUUGCCCAUGAUAUUUGCACACACGAUUAGCAUGCUCCAGCAGCGGUCCGUCUCCGCCUCCAAGCUCGAGAGCAUGAAGCAGGAGGCCGAAAUGGCCAAAGAGUGGGGCAAGCAGGUCAAAGCAGACCUUUAUCAUCAGCAAGGAAAUGCUAAAGCGCUGAAUAAGGACACACUGGCCAGCCGAUCGUGGGGAGGUCCGAAGUACAGGCAUGUGCCUCCCCACGAAGGGCAGAGCGCCGAGUACCAGAAGAGCAUGCGCAACAUGCAAAGCGUCGCAAGCGAGAUUGCCGCGAAGCAGGCGACUGUAGACAAAGCCAUGCAAGAUGACUACAGGAUGGUGAGAAAUACUCGGGCUGACACGAGUGUGCACUCCUUGGGAGCCUGGUUGGAAAAGUAUGGCAAGCCCACUCGCCAGCCUGAGCAGCAGGAACGGUUUCGAACAGUUCCUUUCAAGCAGAGGAGGAUACCGUUCCUGGGCGUCUCGGAAGCCAAGACCCUUCGGCUUGGAGCAGGUAUCUGGGCACAGCGAAGCGAGACUGACCUCCUUGGCACAUACAACUUCCGCAGCGUUGGCCGCUGCAUGAGGCAUGACAAGCAGACGCAUGGCUGCAUGAAGAAGUUGCGCCGGCGUUUUUCCAUUUUGAUUUUAUGUGAUUGUGACGUCUUUAGCGCCAAAGGAUGUAGGAUCGAAUCGCCACCCCAUCGGCAGCAGCAGCAGCAGGAGCAAGGGCGUGUUCCCUAUUUUUACCGGCGACGCGUUCUGGCAAGCGAGUUCGCACACCUUGUAUACCUGGCAGGGGCAUCGGCGAUGGGGAUCGUGCAGGCCGCAUCCGGGGGCCAGUACCAGCCAAAUCCCAAGGCGGAAGGCUUUGAUGUGGAGAAGGUUUGCGAAGAGAUAGAUCCUGACAAAGUCUGGAAGACCCCUGGGCAGGCGACGGGGGGCUCAACUGUCACAUCUGCAGAGGCCAUGCGGGCUGCACGCCUGGCCCGUCUUGGAGGAGGCGCCGCACCCGGAGGCCCCGCAGGCCCCGGAGGCCCCGGAGGCUCUGCUGGCGGAUACGGCGAAGGUGCAAGUCCGCCUCCCAGCGCGCCUUCUUGA